GUGUGGAUCACCCAAAACCAAAGGGCCAAACGGUCCAUGAUGCAAAAGUAGGAUACAAUCUAAUAACCGCUCAAAGUCACAUGAAGUCAAUAUCUGCAAAAUUUCUUCGUUUCUAGGGCGGGCAAGUGAGGAACACAAUGAAGUUUAUACUUCAAAGAAACCCUCAAAUUUCAUCUGUCAGACAUGAAUUUCACUCAAUCACUCCUCAGUAAUCUUACCUCUUUGCGUCUAGGCAUUCCAUUUUAUACUUUCGAUUGGAAUCGCAUUUAUUAAAAGAACGAACGUAAAUGAACUCCCCGCCGAACGGUUCACGAACAGUUUGCUGAACGUCUGGUCACCUGUAGUUCAAAUUCGAGCAGUGAAGAGUUUAUGCGGAAAAUGUUGAAUAGAAGAUGGACGUUAAUGAAUCCCGACACCAAAGUUCACCAAAUAAAGGUUUCUAGUAUGCAAACUCAGCAGCAUUUUGGACCAUUUGGGAAAGUUACAUUUUCUAACAACUCAAAUCCUUUGUUGGGUGAGAAUGUAAGAAAAUGGCACAACGAUGAGUCAUCGUUUUAUAUCGUUCGUGAUGAUUUGUUGCAUCCGCUUGUGAACGGUAACAAGGCGAGGAAACUCGAUGCAUUGCUUCCACUUGUUGAAGAUCAUUCAGGGACCGAUAUGGUCACAUGUGGAGGUUGCCAAAGUGCACAUGCUGCAGCUGUUGCGGUUUCUUGUGCAGAAAGGGGACUGAAGGCACAUCUGCUUUUACGCGGAGAACAACCGCAAAUUCUAACAGGGUACAAUUUAAUUUCCGUGUUAUACGGAAAUGUCACUUAUGUUCCGAGAUCUAUAUACGCUAACAGGGAAGAAAUGCUAUCGUCGCAUGCCAAUUCAAUAGGCGGCUGUGUAGUACGCCUUAAUGACUUACUUAACGCUUCCACAAAUCAUAACUCUGUGAAGUCAAACUUUCUAGAUACAGAUGAUGGGCAGUCUUUAAAUUCAAGAAAGACGGUAAUCGUUAAUGAAGGCGCAGGAGAUGCCAUUGCAUUGCCAGGUUUGAUUCGCCUUGUACAAUACUUGUCACAAGAUCAUAUUUUUGGAAAAGAUCAGCCUCUGAAAAUUAUCGUAGAUGCUGGUACUGGCACAACAGCUGUUGGUUUAGGAAUCGGGGCCUUAUGUUUAGGACUCCCAUGGGAAGUUACUGCGGUGAUGCUGGCUGACACCAUUGAAGGGUACAAAAAAAAGGAAGAAAGUUUAAUAUCCGAGUUAUGUCUAUCGUUUAACUUGCCUAUGAUGCAUAAUGGACUUGUAAACUGGGUAGAACGUCAGCAUCCAAGAAAAUUUGGGAAUGUGUUGAAAGGGGAAAUAGAAGCAUGCCAACAAAUUGCUCAAGAAACAGGUGUUUUAGUGGAUCCAAUAUAUACAUUGGCUGGAUGGGAGUUAGCAAGUCAACUUAGUCAACAGGAAAGAAAAGGGGGUGCAAAAGUUGUGAUGAUUCACACUGGCGGUACACUUGGCAUGUUCGGCUUAGCUCAGCGAUACAAGUCUUACUUCUAAUAUUGUGUUCUUCAAACAGGAAAAAUGUUUAAAAUAUGAACCACACAUGGUUAAAAGUGAUGCUUUAAGGCGGUGAAGCAAAUGGGUUGAACUUGAACAAGAUCGGUAAGUGUUAAACAUAGGUUGUGGAUAACGGUUCAAAACGGGCUGCAAUUUUUGAACUUGGAUCACACAUGGAGGACUAGGUCGGGUUGAAGAUUAUUGAUUAUUUGAAAAUUUUUAAAUGAUUGUUGCUUGGUUAUUAUUUGGAAUUUUAUAUAUUAUUUAUGUGUAACGCGAUUACAAGAACUCGUCUCUCUAUAAAUAAAAACGUGGAUGUAAUAAAGUCA